GGCAGGAGGCUGGUUUUGCAAUUGACUGCCUGGCUUCUGCUUUGUUUUGUUUUUUUGUUUGUUUUCUUGUAGAUUUUUUGCGUUUUCAUCAGUAAAGUUUCAAGAGUCAGGACAGUAAAAAAAAUCGAGUUUGUAACGCAUUAUUCAAGAUAAAUAAUCGCGCAAUACGCUCGUCUCUUAUCCCAAAUUUGACGCAGACGUGUAAGAACGGCAUUGCAACAUUGUUUAUGAACUCGAAUCGUCCCAUGAUUAAUGACGCAUCAACAGUUCAUAUUCAGAAGUUAUAGAGUUUUGUUCCACAGAUUCUCGUUUCCGAGAAAAGUUGGGACUAUUUACUACCCCUUUUCUUUAAAAUAUGGAGUAUGCAAAGCGGAAUUACGUGUUUUUUGUUGGCACGAUUAGUGCCUGUGUAUUUCUCAGUAAUUAUUCUUUUGCUGUUGUACUUGAAUGCCCAGCUGAUGGCCGCACAUGGGUUCCACACAGAAAUAGCUGUUACUAUUUUUUCCACCUUCCAAAAAGCUCCACAAUUGAGGAUGCAAGAGAAGCCUGCAGAGUAAAUGUUCCCAGUGCAGAUGUUGUAAGCAUAAACAGUGCAGAUGAGAACAGCUUUGUAACAGAUUACAGUCAUCGCAUUUGGAACGGCACCAGAGAUGUAUGGCUGGGCAUGUCAUUCAAUGUAGACACUGAUUCUCUAACAUGGUUUGAUGGUUUGGAUGUGGGCUAUACAAACUGGAUGCAUGAUGCAUAUAGUGAGGACACACCUGUGGACAUAUGUGCCAUUCUGCACACUGGCUCAGGAAAGUGGGAAAAAGUAAGCUGUGAAGAAGUGUCUGAAAAGGCUGUAGUCUGUGAAACUCCCAUGAAUCCAGCAAAAGAGAAAGUUGCUGCCAAUAACCAAACUUUAUUAUCUGCGCUUGUCAUCCUGAGUGUCGUCAUCAUUUUGGCUGGUUCAAGUGUCUGUUGGUUCAUCUAUCAGAAGAAGUAUUCAAGUUCCACUACCUUUACACCAUUCAAUUACUAUCCGCCAUUUUCAACUCCAAACAGUGAUGAAACCUUUCUAGUGGAUGCAGAGGAAAGGGAGUAUGCAUUAUAAUUAGAAUACAGAACUAUCGGUAGUUCUUGUUUAUAUUGUUUGUCCUGAUUCAGGCUUCAAAAAUGGUACUAUAUACACACACACACACAGUGCCUAUAGAAAGUCUACACCCCCUUUCAAAAUGUUCACUUUUUGUUGCCUUGU